AUGUCAGUUCUCACGUUGCCGGUUCAUACUUUGCCGGUUCACACGUUGCCGGUUCACACGUUACCGGUUCAAACGUUGCCGGUUCACACGUUGCCGGUUCACACGUUGCCAGUUCACCCUUUGCCGGUUCACCCGUUGCCAGUUCACCCGUUGCCAGUUCGCACGUUGCCAGUUCACACGUUGCCAGUUCACACGUUGCCGGUUCACCCGUUGCCAGUUCACACGUUGCCGGUUCACACGUUGCCGGUUCACACGUUGCCGGUUCACACGUUGCCGGUUCACACGUUGUCAGUUCACACGUUGCCGGUUCACACGUUGCCGGUUCACACGUUGCCAGUUCGCACGUUGCCAGUUCACACGUUGCCAGUUCACACGUUGCCGUUGCCAGUUCACAAGUUGCCGGUUAACACGUUGCCAGUUCACUUGCCGGUUCACACAUUGCCAGUUCAUACGUUGCCAGUUUACACGUUGCCAGUUCACCCGGUGCCAAUUCACACGUUGCCGGUUCACACGUUGCCAGUUCACCCG